GCAUUCUCAUCAAAUUGUGAUUUUGACGUUGAGAAUGGUAAUCAGCAUUGUAGUUCGAGAAGACCUUCAGGUAUACCAGAUAAUGAAAUCCGAAUGCUGCUAAUUGGAAAAACCGGAGUGGGCAAGAGUACAACUGGAAACACCAUUCUCGGAUUCAGAGCAUUUGACACAAAGACCUCUGCCACAUCAAUUACAAACCAAGUCCAAUAUAAUUCUUCUGAACGCUUUCAUAAAAAUCUUCUUGUUGUUGAUACUCCGGGUCUUUUUGAUACCAAUAAAACAAAUGAAGACGUAAAACUUGAAAUUUUGAAGUGUUUUGGAAUCACUUCACCAGGUAUACAUGCUAUUCUGUUAAUUGUGCAAGUUGGAAGAUUUACAGAGGAAGAGGAAAAAACUGUCGAUUUCUUCUUAGAGGUAUUUGGAAAAGAUGUCAAGAAUUACCUCAUGGUAGUGUUUACCGGAAAAGAUAGCUUAGAUGAUGAAGGAACAUCGCUAGAAAAUUACGUUGAAUCAUACGACAACACAUCUUCUCUGAAAACCCUUCUAGGCGAAGUAGAAGGCAGAUACACAGCAAUAGGGAUUGGAGGCAACAUUACCGAACGCGAGAACGAGGUCAAACAAAUUAUUAGAAUAACUGAAGACAUGAACAUGAAAAAUAACGAUAUCGGUUACACGAAUGAGAUGUACGAGAAAGCCGAGGCCAUACACAGACAGAAGCAAGAAGAACGUGUUAAAGAAAAGAUGGAAACCGGAAAGGUGUAUACAGAAACUGAAAUGAAUCAGAUGUACACGGAUGCUAGAAAGGAAGAACGAAUUCAUAUUGUCAACAACAACCAGAGCGAAGGAAGCUUCCUCUGGGCUUUUGCAUCUGCAUGUGUCUUUUUCAUAGGCAAAUUCUUUGGUAUCUUUUGA